AUGAAGGAAUCAGAACCUUCAUCUCCUUUCCUUCUUUCUCUCGUUCUCAACGGCGAUAACUUGAAUAACGAAACGAUCAAGAACAAGUAUCUAUUGCCUAGAAUCGACAAUUUGUUCGACCAGCUACAAGGAGCAAAGUAUUUCUCCAAGAUUUACUUAAGGUCAGGUUAUCAUCAUCAAAAGAUUCACGAUGAUGAUAUCCAGAAGACUGCUUUGACACUACGAUUCGUGAUCGUAUUUAUUGAUGAUAUUUUGAUCUAUUCACGUACGGAAGAAGAGCAUGCACAACAUUUGUGGAUAGUACUACAGACACUAAGAGAAUAUCAGCUUCAUGCCAAAUUCUCUAAGUGUGAAUUUUUGCUAAAGGAAGUAGCUUUCUUGGGUCAUGUGAUAUCACAAAGCGGUAUUAAGGUUGACCCAAAGAAGAUUGAAGCCGUGAUAGAGUGGAAACUACCUGACUCAGUUACUGAAGUCCGAAGUUUCCUCGGAUUAGCGGGGUACUAUAGACGAUUUGUACAGGAUUUUUCAAAGAUCGCUGUACCUUUGACAAAGCUGACUCAGAAGAAUGCGAAAUUAAACUGGACGGACCAGUGUGAGCUCAGUUUCCUGAAACUGAAAGAGUGUCUGACAAUGGCACUGUCAUGA